AAUCGCUGCGAAUCUCGCUUCACAUACUCUAUCAGAUUGGUGCAACAGCCAACAGCCAGCAACAGCGACAGCAGCAGCAGCGGCAAGAACAACAACAACAACCCAGCGGCGAGUGUAAGGCAUCUAAAUCCCCUAUUCCCUCGAUCAUGAGCGUGGCCGUCAGAUCAUCAUAGAUGGAUGGAUACAGACUGUUCAACCCCAUUCCAACAGACAAAAUACUAGGCUGGACGAGGUCUUGGGUUGAAAAUUAACAGUGGACCUUUGAACGGCUAGGAUGCCAACCACAUCCCCCUCCACACCCACAGCGCAACGAUAUCCCUCCUCACUCUCUCAAAAACCUGGUCCAUCCCGACCUCCACGUCAAAAACCUCGAAAGAAUCAAGAGAAUGCUCCUGCAUCCACUCACUACUCUUCCCUGGCCGAGCUCCUACAGCAAGCAGGCUACAAAGAUGUACGAGUGAUGACGCCGGAAGGGGAAAAGAUACGGCGAAUCAAGCACACCUUGGAUGACGAGAACGAAGAGAUACGAGAUCUUUAUGGUUCUCUGGGACUGGCUGGGGCUGGCGGAAAUCAUCUGAAAAAUCAGCACCAACGCCAGACGAUAACAGAGCCUACUCAGCCAUUGAAAUCUUCCUCCGAUCUGCUCCGCUCCUUGGCUCUGCAAGAUCGGGCUGAUAAUCGCGACCAUACCAUGCAUCACGGCAGUGAUCACUCGGCCUCGUCCUCGACUUGGUGGGUAGGCAGCAUGACCUCAUCCUUCAGUCGAGCUGCUCGAGCCGUCAUGGACAUCAGCCCGCCCUCCAAGGGUGCCUCGACCUUUGAAGAGGUGGCUAGGCAGUUUACCGGCGUGGGGCUGGGUCUCGCCAAAGGAGGCGAGGGGGUUCGCAAAGUCAAGAGUAAUUGGGAACUUGAUCGUGCUCGCAGGGCGGACUCGGACUGUCCGCCUCAAGAGCAGCGACCUCCAAUGCCACGGUUCAUCAGCGAAAGACCGGCCAAACACUUUGUAAACGAGAGCUUUGGGCAUACAUUUUUCCAGCCUGCUCCACCAGCUCUGGACGAAGAAGCGUUUGGAUAUUCUCCUUUGCCAAACGAUUACGAGACCCAAUGUGAGGAUGAUGAUGUCUUAUUCUCCGAAUUGGAUCUCUACACUGGUGGAUCACUCGGCUCAUCCAGCAGCAGGACCUCAAGCGAGCGCGGCAUCGAUGAAUUAGUAUUGGCCGUUGGAGAGAGCGCAUCAAGUUCACUGAGCUUGGGCGGGAUCGGUCAGAAGAUCUUGAGGGAAACGGUAGAAUAUGACGAGGAUCUCGACUCGCCAACUCGUUCCAAUGUCAUUCUGCCGGCAGUUACGAACGACGAGCCCACAGCACCUAUUGCUCGGGCUCAGCUGAAGUACGGGGAUCGCGCAAGCAAGCUCCGACUGGCUCAAUCGACCCCGGCGUUGCGUCCCGUCAAAUCGACCUGGUUAGAUUAUCUCCCAAACAUUCUCCGUACAGCUCCGAUCGACAGUAUACCUCAAGCCAAGCCUCAGCUCGGCCCUCUCAAAAUUUCUGCAUCAAAGAUUGUUGCGCCUACCGUCUCUCCCAUUUCUCCCAUCUGUGACUCUGCGUCUGCAGACGCCCACGAUCUCCCAGCUGUACCCCCAGCCAUAGGCGGAUUCCCAUGGGAGGAGAAGCCAAUGACCGUUCGCCUUAAAUCUUCACUAGCGACGCUCAAGUCGGUGAUUGGUGUGGUGGAGCCUGAAAGAGUAGGGAUAGCGCCUGUCCUCAGCCCUCGGCUCGAUUGGUCCGAGCAGGGCGAGCGAUUCGCUCGAUGGACUCAUAUGGACGGGGAAGACAAGACUGCGACACCACCAUCGAUGAAAUUGACUCAGAGCCAAUCAGGCAAGGCUGGAUCCAUCGAUUACACGAAAUCCUUCUUCUACAAACCUCCUACCCCGCCGCAUCCAGGUGCCCCGACUCCUAAUACACAAACCACCCCUUCGAAAGCUCCCAAUCCUGUCGCACGUCGCCAGCGAUCGAUCAAGUCCCUCAGGCAGAAUCUUUUGUUGCCCACGGCUCCUCCGGUACCCGUCAUCCCGGCAGAGUUCCAGACGGACAGCUCACAACCUCCAGCUAUAGUCAUCACCGGAUCCACUACACCGCCGAGGAAGACUCCAAUACUAGCGAUAUCCAGUCCUGGGACUUGCGAUGCUGGCUUGCCCCCGAGGCAACUCAUCCUCGAGGGGGAAGAGUGGGAUGGUAAAGAUGAGGGCGGCAGACCGGGCGAUUGGGGGCGUAAACGGAGACCCAAGAGAAAAACGCUGAAGAAGAAGACAAGUUUGAGGGCAGCUGAUAAUGUCGCCACGAUGGGAGUCUCGCUAUGAUGUAUUUUAUCGCUUUUGUAGGUUAUGAUAUGUUAACGUUUCGCAUUCAUGGCUUCUUUUCGAUCGCCGACACGAUCCAAGAAGUCUUGCUUAUCGAGAUAGCCUCCCGUCCGGCGAUGUGCUUCAAGCUCCGCCUGGACCGAGCUGUUCGCAGCAGUGUGAUUCUUCCAGUCAUGCUGGGACUGUGCGGCAGUCAGUA